AUGUAUGUAAAGGUCCUAAUGCAAGAUGUCUGGCGUUCAAAAAUAAAGUGGGAUGAAAAAAUAUCCCCUGAAAUAGAAUCCAAGUGGAAACAGUGGAUAAAUAUUAUUCCUGAUAUUCAAACCCUCAAAAUUCCACGUUGUUAUUUGCAACAUUUUGAUAAUUUUCGUGAUGUUAAAGUUCAACUUCAUACCUUUGUAGACGCUAGUAAAGAUGGAAACUUUAUGGCUCGUAGGGGUAUACCACAGGAGUUUUAUAGUGACAACGGAACUAAUUUCGUUGGAGCCGAGAGAGAAUUACGAGAGUCUUUGAAAGAUGUGGAUAAGAACGAGAUGGUACGGACUUUUACGACUACAACAACUAAAUGGGGUUUCAACCCUCCUGCCUCGCCUCACAUGGGAGGUGCAUGGGAACGAUUGGUGCGGUCUGUAAAGACAAUAUUAUAUAAAAUUAUGCCAUCGAGGUCACCCAGUGAUGAGCUUCUAUUAAGUAUGCUAAUAGAAGUUGAAAAUAUCAUUCAUUCAAGACCUCUUGCGUAUGUUCCAUUGCACUCAGAAACGGAUGAAGCCUUAACGCCGAAUCACUUCCUUUUAGGAAGUUCAAAUGGUUUAAAGCCUAUGUCGGAGUGCUCCCAAAGCGGUAUACUGUUAAGAAAAGGUUGGCUCAUUUCACAACAAUAUGCAAACAUAUUUUGGAAGAAGUGGGUAGCGCAGUAUUUGCCGUCUUUAACAUGUAGAUCAAAGUGGUUCGAAAAGUCUAAACCACUUUCUCAAGGCGAUUUAGUCAUCAUAGUUGACCCAUCAUUACCACGAAAUGUCUGGCUGCGUGGAAAAGUCUUGGAGACGAGAUUGGCUAGGGAUGGGCAGGUUCGAAGUGCUAAAGUGCUUACGAAACAUGGUAUUCUCGAUCGACCAGCGGCUAAGCUCGCGGUUUUGGAAGUAGAAUUACAACGAGAGUCUGGCGGCGAAGAAUCUUCUGGCCAUACUGGUGGGGGAAUGUUAACGCAACCCAAAAAAUUACCCGAAUAUUCUGUCGAUCUGGCAAAUACACGAAAUUAG